AGCCCGAAAUAAAUAAACUUUCUUGUUUUAUCAUGUUUAGGAAUUCUCCAUUUUUUUGAGGAUUCUCCGAUAGUACGUACCACACCUCAAACACUUCUAUUUUAUUCAUGAUGUCCAUGUACAAAAAAAUGCUCCAUAUGUAACAGCGGAGUGUUCUUGAUCGCAUCUGAACUGUGAAUUUUCUAUUCGUAAGAGAAGCUUUCCAUUUGAUGAAUGCAUAACGUGCCAUUUCAAUCCUUGAUUUUAAUGUCUAUCCUGCAUUGCAUAGAUUUAUAAGCAGUUACCGACUAUAACGAAUAUGGCUACUAAAUAAAUACAUAUAUUUAUGAUUGAACAUGACUUUAUUGUUUUUGAAAGUAUUCUCUAUUAAGAUUAAGAACUUCUACAUGCGUUUGAACCAAUUUUCCAAACAUCUGUUUCGAAAAUAUGUGAAUUGAACGCAUCAAACGCUUCUUCAGGUGUAGAAAACAUUGAACUUCGGAAAUAAGAAGAAGUAAUUGGGUUUCAAACAACGGAUGACUUACCAAUUCGAUGUUUUGACUGUUCAAAAACGUUUUUGUUUGAACCGAUGUCUGAUGUCUUCUGCGAUUGGUUUCCCUGAUUUUUCAGGAACACUUCUUGCGCACAAAUGCUGGUGUACCAUUCAGAAUUUACGGUUCUACGUUGCUCUAAUGGAACGGUGGCGACGUGUCCAUUUGUUCCGAAUAAAACAGGCGACCAGUUGCUUCGUGCGCGAACAACUUUUGUUGAAGUCGCUCAACUUGAAAGAUCCAUACAGUCUAUUGCUUCGUCACCUGGCGCGUCAUAAACAUCUUUUUAAGCACCUAGAUUGAAUUUUUUCAGCAUUUCCUUGCACCAAGUGACACGGACUUUUCAAAUCGAGCAAAGAUCGAACGCGAUGCUUGUACCCUUGCAUGCUUUUGUCAACAUUCAAACAUUUGGGGGUCCAUUUUGCAGCAAUUUUUCUCAUGUCCAAAUUGACGCGAACCAUAUGAUGAACGCGUUCAUAUGAAAUAUUCAGUGCUUCAGAUAUCCGUUUUAGCCCAAUUCGACGGUCUGAUAAAAUCAUGUCAUGAACUGCAUCGAUAUUUUCGGGGACCGACACAGAAACUGGCCUUCCCGAUCGGUCAUCAUCUUCAGUGGAAAAUUUACCUCUUUUGAAGCUUGCAGGUCCAAUUUAAGGGUAUUAAGCAUAUCUUCGUAAAUCUGCUUACCUCUUAACCCUUUUAAAUACAGGUACUUGGUGAUGGCUCGAUACUCCAAUUUUUCGAUUUUCACAAUUUCAUUGAACAUCUUCUGUCUUCUAAUUUAUUUCGUAACUCUGGUUCACUUUUUUGACGUCAAACUUCACACUGACACUUCUAAUAAGUUAUUGUUCGUUGCUAUGAUAACGCAAUAUUUUGUUUAUGCAUGGAACUGGUCUGUGCUAACUAGAUAUCAAUACAUCCUUGUAUAAUAUAGUAAUUUUUGUAUUUGUUAUUCGAUCCAUGUGAUGCCAUCUAAGUUACUAAGUGAAUUGUUAAUCCAAUUCAUUGAAUGGAAUGUUAAAUAUUGAGUUCAAUAGUGCGACACCGGUUCUGUUUCAUUUGUUACUAAGCUCGAAGACGCUUCAUAAUGUUAUAAAUACGAUGUUUGUUAUUUGAUAAUUUAUUCUCGAGUAAUUUAUUAAAGUGAAAUAUUAACGAUGGUGACAAAGCUGUUAGUAACGGUGUUAUUAUCGCUUUUAGCUCUUUCAAAUUGUGAUCAGAUUUUUGUAAGUCUCGUUCGAUAUUAUGGAGAUGGCGAAGAUAAUAUAACAAUAAACCAAAUUGAAGAACUGAAACAAAAUGUGUUGUUUGACCAUAUUAGUGCGAUUGAAAUUAUCGAUCAGAAUGUUCCUAAAUUACCCAACAAAGUUUUGGAAAAUGUUGACGUUACUUCUUUACGUAUGAUUAACGAUAAUUUGGAAGAAAUUGAACCAGGAGCUUUCGAUGAAUCACGUCUCAAUUCAAUCACUAUAACUGGUAACAAAAUUGAUGUUAUCCAUGGAAAUAUAUUUAAAGGCAAAAAUAUGUAUGAUUUAGUUCUAACUAAUAACACAAUCAAGGUAUUAGAAGAAGGAGCAUUCGAAUCAUCAGAUAUUAGCGAUGUUAAUCUUGGUAACAACGAAAUAGAGACUCUCACUUUGGGAACGUUCAAUAAGGCGAAAAUCUACGGUUUAAACUUGGAGGGUAAUAAAAUUCGAGAAUUGUAUCCUGGUAUUUUUCACGAGAUGGAAAGUAUUAAUAAUGUGAAUCUCCAUAAUAAUUUUAUAGAAGAUAUCGGAACAACUUUUUCAAAUAUCACAACUUUAUGGGAUAUCAAUUUAUCAAACAAUUCCAUCAAGUCGCUUCAACCGAAUUGUUUCUCGGACUCACCUCUAAGGUAUAUAUAUUUACAAGACAACGAAUUAACUGAAAUUCAUAGGGAUGUAUUCAAUCAUUUACCGUUGCAAUAUCUGAAUCUUUCAAAUAAUAAAAUCGAAUUCAUUCAAAAUGAUAGUUUCGCCGAUCUAACCGAUGUCUACAAUAUCGAUUUAUCAUAUAAUAAACUCGAAGAAUUAAAACCUCGUUUCCUGAUUGGAAUAGAACGUAAAAUGUUGGUCAUUUAUUUAGAUCACAAUAACAUGAAUAAUAUAGAACCAGGAGCGCUUGAUGAAAUCAAUAUCGGCUCUUUGCAUUUGACAAACAACAUAAUCAAAGUUUUGAAAGCUGGCGUAUUUAAAAAUAAAAAUAUGGAUUAUGUAGAUUUUUCAAAUAAUCAAAUAUCCAACAUUGAUGAUGGAGCUAUGGAAAACUUCCGCGUUCAAACAUUAACAUUGUCUCAAAAUUUAUUAGAAAAACUCACAGUUGCGAUGUUCAAAGGAGCUAACGUUACCAAUUUGAAUUUGGAUAACAAUAAAAUUGAACAUAUUGAAGACGGAACUUUGCAACAAGUUGCCGAAUUGAGUAGUAUUAAUCUUAGUAAUAAUUUUAUCGAAAAUGUGGGAAAGGUUUUCAAUAAUUUAAAAAACAUUUACGAAUUGUCUUUGGAUAAUAAUAAAAUUAAAAAUAUCCAACCAGGAAGUUUCGCAAAUUCGAAAAUAUCUACUAUUUCUUUGAUCGGUAAUCAAUUAACUCAAAUAGAAAGAGGAGUAUUUAAUGAUUUACCUUUUAUUAAUAUAAAUCUAGUUAAAAAUAAAAUAUCAAAGAUAGAGGACGGAGCUUUCGCGACUAAAGAUUUGAGAGAUUUAAAAUUGGGAAGCAAUAAAAUUGGAAACCUUUCUCCUUCUUCUCUAGGUGUUAUUGAUAACGAUCAAUUAGAUUUAAGUUUGGAUGACAAUGAGAUAAGUGACAUUGCACCCGGUUCUUUAGCAACAGUUACAGUAAAAUCAUUGGAUCUAAAAAAUAAUACUAUUAAAUCAAUUAAAAGGUCAAUGUUUAAAGAUGCCAAUAUUGCGUUUUUAGUAUUAAUGAAAAAUGAAAUUGGUGAUGUCGAAACAAAUGUUUUUCAAGAUGUUAAAAAUUUGGUAUUCGUCGAUUUAAGUUACAAUAAAUUUACAACUAAAGUUAAUGACAAUCUUGUUGAUAUCAAUAUUUAUGUUAAGCCUAAAGCGGGGUUAGGAAAUUAUACUAGCGAAACUAUAGAAAAGCUUAUAUCAGCGUCCUAUACAACUGGUUAUAUUGUCGAAUAAAAAAUUAUAUUUGAAUUGGAACUCAAAAAUGUUGUACCACGCCAAUAAAUUUUUGAUUUAUU